GUGGAGAAGUCACUGCUGUCCUCUAAAGCGUGGCUGGGGGCUGGGACUUUAUUCUGGGAGCACUACCACGCACCAGGGCUGUGAGCAGGAGCGGGGCGUGGCGAACUCCAGGUGUAGAAAGACCCUGUGAGGUCAGACUUCGGCACAGCCCUGGUCCCUCCUCCGCGAUGUGGCUUCUCGUCUUUGCUUUCUUGCUGAGGUUGGCAGCGGCCCAGGAUGGCGGCAGCGACCCGUCCGAGGGAGGUGAGGAGUGCGUGCCCCACUCCCAGCCUUGGCAAGUGGCCCUCUUUGAACGUGGACGUUUUAACUGUGGCGCUUCCCUCAUUUCCCCAUACUGGGUGCUGUCUGCAGCCCACUGCCAAACGCGCAACAUGAGGGUGCGCCUGGGCGAGCACAAUCUGCGCAAGCGCGACGGCGCAGAGCAGCUGCGGACUGUGUCUCGCCUCGUCCCACACCCGCGCUACGAAGCACGCACCCAUCUCCACGACCUCAUGCUGGUGCGUCUACGACGGCCUGCGCGCCUCUCCCGGCAAGUGCGCCCCGUGUCGCUGCCCAAGCGCUGCCCCCAGACCGGCGAGUCCUGCGUGGUGUCCGGCUGGGGCCUGGUGUCUGACAUUGAGCCUGGGACCAUAGGAAGCCGACAGUCACCAGUGAACCUCCCAGAUGCGUUGCACUGUGCCAACAUCAGCAUUAUCUCGGCGGAAUCUUGCAGCAAGGACUAUCCGGGGCACCUGAGGAACACCAUGGUGUGCGCAGGCGUGCGAGGCGGAGGCACCAACUCCUGCGAGGGAGACUCCGGGGGACCCCUGGUCUGUGGAGGCGUCCUACAGGGCAUUGUGUCCUGGGGGGAUGUCCCUUGUGACAGUACCGCCAAGCCUGGUGUCUACACCAAAGUGUGCAGCUACUUGCAGUGGAUCAGGGACACCACCAAGAGGAACUGA